UGACGGUCUCCGCAGAACAAAAUAAACACCUGUCAAAUGGCCGCGCUCGGAAGAGACGCUGCAGGCGAAGCCAUCUCUUCUGAGCUGGACGUCACCGGUGCGGCCACCUUCUCUCCGCGCCUGCGCCGCGGCCUCCUCGCCUUCGCGUCGGACCUGCUGGAGGGCGCCCCCCUCCACCGGGGUUGACUAUUGGCGGAUGCGGACUCAAUUCCCCCACUGAGCAUGCGCACAUCUUGUUGCUGCAGCCUUGUACACUGCAGAGCCAGAGCUGGUCCCUAAGCGGAAGUGCUUCUCGGGGCUAGUUCUUGUAACGGUCCCCUCGGCAGCCUGCAGAAAAUCUGUUGUCCAGAGAGAGGUUGAGGGGGCGAGUGCGAGGGGUGAUGGGCGGAGUCAUGGGGAGUUCUAGGGGUUGAAUGAAGGGGGAUUUAUGCGGGUCAUUGAUGUUGGACCAAGGAGUCAGUGAAUGAGGCACUGUGACCUGCAGUAAGGACUCAUACGUACCCCUCAGGCCCUUCAGGUGCGCCCCGCCUCUUCUCUGCCCCUCUCCUUUUGCCUAAGCCCCAAGGUCGGGGCCUAGUGUGAAUGCUCCAGCUGAAGUGAAUCUGCACCCGAAGGCUUCCAUCCGGCUCCUAGGCACGACGCCCCAGUGAGCUCAGUCCUCACACAUCUCUGCCUUUUCCCAAGAAGAGCAGGAAAUGGCCAAACCCCAGGAACUCGUGACAUUUGAGGAUGUGGCUGUGGACUUCACCCAGGAGGAGUGGCAGUACCUGAACCCUCCACAGAGGACCCUGUACAGAGAUGUGAUGCUGGAGACAUACAACAACCUGGUCUCUGUGGCAGGGCACCAGGUUACCAAACCAGACCUCAUUUUCAAAUUGGAGGUAGAAGAGCUGUGCCCAGCAGAAGUAAAAAUUCCAAUUUGGAACUUUCCAGAAGAAGCCUACCAAGUUGAUGAACAGACUGAGAGACAGCCCCAGGAUGACCAAGAUAAAUGUUUGUUGAUGCAAGUUGGAUUCCCUGACAAGAAAACAAUUGUCACCAAGAGUGGCCAUGACUGUAAUGAAUUCGGAAACACAUUUCAUUUGAGUACAAACCUUAUUGUUUCAAUACAAACGCCCAAUAAACAUGAGUCAUUUGGAAAUAAUAUGGUAGAUACCUUAGACUUAUUUAAUAGAAGCUCUGCAGGAAAGAAACAUGAUAAUGGAUGUGCAACAUUAUUCUUCCAUACAGAGUAUGAGAAAACAACUCCUGGGAUGAAACCUCAUGGAUAUAAAGAGUGUGUGAAGGUCCUCAGGCGAAAGAAAGGUAUUAGUCUGCAUCAGAGAAUUAAAAAUGGAGAGAAACCCUUUGAAUGUACUGCAUGUAGGAAAACCUUCAGCAAGAAGUCACACCUCAUUGUACAUUGGAGAACUCACACAGGAGAGAAACCUUUUGGAUGUACUGAAUGUGGAAAAGCCUUUAGCCAAAAAUCUCAGCUCAUUAUACACCUGAGAACACAUACAGGAGAGCGACCCUUUGAGUGUCCGGAAUGUGGAAAAGCCUUCAGAGAAAAGUCAACUGUUAUUAUACAUUACAGGACUCAUACAGGAGAGAAACCUUAUGAAUGUAAUGAAUGUGGAAAAGCCUUCACUCAGAAGUCAAACCUCAUUGUCCAUCAGAAAACCCACACAGGAGAGAAAACUUAUGAAUGCACUAAAUGUGGGGAAUCUUUUAUACAGAAGGUUGAUCUAAUUAUACAUCAUAGUACUCAUACAGGAAAGAAACCCCAUGAAUGUAAUGAGUGUAAGAAGACUUUCAGUGAUAAAUCAACUCUCAUUAUACAUCAAAGAACUCACACGGGAGAGAAGCCUCAUAAAUGUACCGAAUGUGGGAAGUCUUUCAAUGAGAAGUCAACCCUCGUUGUGCAUCAGAGAACUCAUACAGGAGAGAAACCCUAUGAAUGUGAUGUUUGUGGGAAAACCUUCACCCAAAAGUCAAACCUUGGUGUACAUCAGAGAACUCAUUCAGGAGAGAAACCCUUUGAAUGUAAUGAAUGUGAGAAAGCAUUCUCUCAGAAAUCCUAUCUCAUGCUACACCAGCGAGGUCAUACAGGAGAGAAGCCCUAUGAAUGCAAUGAAUGUGAAAAAGCAUUUUCCCAGAAAUCAUACCUCAUUAUACAUCAAAGAACUCAUACAGAAGAAAAACCCUAUAAAUGUAAUGAAUGUGGCAAAGCCUUUAGAGAAAAGUCAAAGCUCAUUAUACAUCAGAGAAUUCAUACAGGAGAGAAACCCUAUGAAUGUCCUGUAUGUUGGAAAGCUUUUAGCCAGAAGUCACAGCUUAUAAUACAUCAGCGAACACACACAGGAGAGAAACCCUAUGCAUGCACUGAGUGUGGCAAAGCCUUCAGAGAAAAGUCAACAUUCACUGUACACCAGAGAACUCAUACUGGAGAGAAACCCUAUAAGUGUGCAGAAUGUGGGAAAGCAUUUACCCAAAAAUCAAACCUUAUUGUACAUCAGAGAACACAUACAGGAAAGAAAGCCCAUGGGAAAGGCCACACUCGAAAGUCAAAGCUCAUUGCACAUUAGAGAAUAAAUCAGUUGUGCCUGUUAUGUUUACUGAAGGAGAGUUUUCUCAACAUUUUAAAAGUAUGUUCUGACUUCUGGCUUAAAUAUGGGGAAUAAGCCAGCCUUUUUUCAUCUGUCUUCACCCAAAAGCUACAGGGAGAAAAAGAAGCAGAAGUGGAUCUGACAAAAUUAGGAGAUAGCUGAAACCCUGAUGAGAGGGCUGCCAGAGGCAGAGGGAAUGGGCAUGGGUAGGUGGGAGGUAGGAUGUUUCCUAGACCCAUUUGUGGUGGUAGGAGAGAUAGGCAGGGCCCUCAGUAAGGAAUUGUUCAUACAAACCAUAUUUGCAGAAAGUAGUCUGUACUCAUGGGAGACUCAGUUGACAGGUGCUAGGGCAAGAGAAGGCAGUGUUCCUUGUGCAGAACCCUACAGCUGCCCCUAUUUACUGACUCUGGAGAAGUCAAGUCUGAAAGAUCUACCAAAUGGAAAAAAAAUCUCAGUUGUAAGAAAAACUGAUCUGCCUAGAAUGUGACCCUGGUUUCUUAUCCCACAUGAACCUCCAGCAAAACUCUUAUUUGAAGAGGAAUGAUUCCAAAGUGAUCAAAAGCACAUGUGCACAUGGCUUUUGAGCCACCAAUUUCACAUCUAGGAAUAUAUGUAUUCAUGCAUGCACAAGCUGAUGAAUGUACAGAGGUAGUCAUUGAUGCACUGUUUGUGAAAACAAAAGGUUGGAAGCUGUCCAAGUGACACCACAAAGGGCCUGGUUUCUCAAAUCCUGGUAUGUUCAUACAGCAAACCCCUAGGUAGACAAACAAGAGUAAAUAUAUAAAGAGAACUUGGACACCAUUUGUUUAGUGAUGUGGGAUGAUCUCCAACAUAUAUUAUUAGGUGAAAACUGCAAGGUGCAGGACAGUGCAUAUAAUAUGCUACCCAUUUGAAUAUAAAAAGAACAAAUGGUUAGUAUGUAAUUGAGUAUAUUUGCAUAGACUAUCUCUGGAAAAAUACACAAGAAACUGGGAACCCUGAUUACCUCUGGGAAAGGGAAGUGGAGGGAUGGAAUUGGGAGGGGGACAACUGUGUAUCUUUUCAUAACUUUCGAAAAUUACACUGUGUGGGUGUACUACC